UUUGUUAGUUUCUCCCCCCACCACCAAUAUUUACACAUCUGAUAUUUCCUGAAAAAACAAAAGGUGUAUUUCAGGGGGUGGUAAACUAACUGAAACUAACUUUCACUCACUGUGGUUCCGUUGUGAGAUGGUUGAUAAUAAAGUAGAGAUGAGCGACGACGGUGAAAACUUCGUGACCGCCACCACGAACGAUCCGAAGAACGUUCAAGAGCUAACCCAAUAUGUGCAGACUCUGCUGCAAACAAUACAGGAGAAGUUCCAGAACAUGUCGGAUCAGAUAUUGAAUAGGAUCGAUGAGAUGGGCACACGCAUAGAUGAUCUGGAGAAGAACAUCGGAGACCUGAUGACUCAGGCCGGAGUUGAGGGUGCAGAGAAGUGAGAACAGAACACACUUAACAUAUUCACAUCCAAAAAAUUUAUGUUCGCAAGUGAACAUACAAUGUAAGCCACCUUAGACAUAUUUAUAAUUUAUAU